CUUUGCUAAGAACAAUAACAUCGCACACCUACGUACGGCUGUGUAUCACCCACAGUCUAACGGACUUGCUGAACGAGCUGUUCGUACGAUUAAGGAAGCGCUAAAGAAGAUGAGCGAAGGCACACUUGAAGAGAAGCUAGUCAAAGUUCUUUUCAACUACAGGAGAACGCCGUGCCACGAGGGAAAAUCCCCUUCCGAACUUCUAUUCGGCUACUUGAUCCGCUCGCGCUUGGACUCGUGUUUCCCACCUUUCCCAGGGUCAACCCAGGAGACGGAAGAGUGGACACUGCCGCCCGACACAGCCGUGUACGCCCGUAACUACGGCCAGGGGGAGAAAUGGACACCAGGGAAAGUGCAGUCCACUACAGGGUCACGCAUGGUCACCAUACAAACGCCUACUGGGGUGGUUCGACGUCACAUAGACCAAGUGCGUUCCAGGCCGAGCCCGGCAUCCGCUCGGAGCGGCGUUCGAGACCAAGACGAGGGGAGCCCUUCGGCUGCAGCUGCGCCCGCACCGACCGACAACGAAGGCGAUUUGAACGAGCAGCCUACAGACCAGGUGGCGCCGGCACAAGCGUCGCCGCCUAUCCAGAAGGCGCAGAAACCCCCUCAAGCUUUGCGACGAUCUACUCGGGAAAGGAAGCCUGUACAGCGUCUUCAAUACUAAGGGAGGAGAAAUGUUGUAAAUCAUCUUGAUAUGCUAUCUCCCGCCCCCUGAGCCAGGCGUGUGACGUAUCAACAACAGCAGCGUUAUGUCUUUCCUCGCCCUUUCUCCCUUCCCAACUCCCUCUCUCUUGCUUGCGUUAAAUACUCUGUUCACGGACGAAUAAACGUUCUUUUCCAGUCCCCCAGCGCUGGUCUCGUCAGUCGU